CUUCGCAGUCACACCGCAGAGAAGCGGGGAGAGAGAGACGAAGGCGAUAGAGAGAGAGAGAGAGGGAGAGAGAGAAAAUAUUAUUAUUAAUCUGUCAAAGGCGAAUUUCUGCUCGCGCUGACGUUCGACCACAGGUGCGCGGUUUACUUUGUGGACUGUGAGCAGACGGUGUAGCGGCAGUCGGAGCGCGUGGCGCUUGUGUAACAUCGCGGAGUGUCGACGCUCGUCUUCGGCCGCCUGGUCGUUUCAGCACCGGACAGCGACACACCGGCGAGCCGAGACGCGUAGAACCAGGAGGGGGGAACCCUGAGGUUGAGCGAGCCUCCCCCUUCCACUACCCCCACAAACGACACAACAACACAGCCCGUCCGACCCUCGCUUGGCUCGAGGGUUGGGGGGGCGGCAAUGCGCGGCUAGAUGACUCCGCCACAUCAACAAGCGCCACGGUAGUCCUGGACUAAUAAUACAGCAGCGCCACGUCCCCUACUCUUCUUACUCCUCCUCCCCCCCUCACCUCCCUUCUGUCUCCAUUCGCUGAUUCCAAGUCCUCCUGACUAAAGGCACCAUGGGAAAUCGUGGCAUGGAGGAUCUGAUCCCGCUGGUCAACCGGUUGCAGGAUGCCUUCAGCUCCAUCGGCCAGGCCUGCAACCUGGACCUGCCGCAGAUUGCGGUGGUCGGCGGGCAGAGCGCAGGCAAGAGCUCCGUGCUGGAGAACUUCGUCGGCAGGGACUUUCUGCCUCGCGGUUCUGGUAUCGUCACCCGCAGGCCUCUGGUUCUGCAGCUCAUCAGUGCAAACGCUGAAUGGGCUGAAUUCCUCCACUGCAAGGGGAAAAAGUUCACCGACUUCGACGAGGUGCGCCAAGAGAUUGAGGGCGAGACCGAUCGGGUCACGGGGGCCAACAAAGGCAUAUCUCCCGUCCCCAUCAACCUGCGGGUUUACUCCCCUCACGUGUUGAAUUUGACCCUCAUCGACCUGCCGGGAAUCACCAAGGUGCCAGUUGGAGACCAGCCUGUGGACAUCGAGCAGCAGAUCAGGGACAUGAUCAUGCAGUUCAUCAGCAGAGAGAGCUGCCUGAUCCUGGCCGUCACCCCGGCAAACACCGACCUGGCCAACUCCGACGCCCUCAAACUGGCAAAGGAUGUCGAUCCCCAGGGUUUAAGGACCAUUGGCGUGAUCACCAAACUGGAUCUGAUGGAUGAGGGAACAGACGCCCGAGACGUUCUGGAGAACAAACUGCUGCCACUACGAAGAGGGUACAUUGGUGUGGUGAACCGCAGUCAGAAGGACAUUGAUGGCAAGAAGGACAUUAAGGCGGCUUUGGAAGCUGAGAGGAAGUUCUUCCUGUCCCACCCCAGUUACAGGCACAUGGCCGACAAAAUGGGCACCCCUCGCCUACAGCAAGUGCUCAACCAGCAACUGACCAACCACAUUCGGGACACCCUGCCAGCUUUCCGCAGCAAGCUGCAGGCCCAGCUGUUGGCUCUAGACAAGGAGGCGGAGGAAUACCGGGGAUACCGGCCCGAUGACCCGUCUCGCAAAACCAAGCAGCUGUUACAGAUGGUGCAACAGUUCUCUGUUGAUUUUGAGAAGAGGAUUGAAGGCUCGGGGGAUCAGGUGGACACGGUGGAGCUGUCUGGUGGAGCGAAAAUCAAUCGCAUCUUUCAUGAGCGCUUCCCUUUUGAACUCGUCAAGAUGGAGUGUGAUGACAAGGAGAUGCGGCGUGAGAUCAGCUACGCCAUCAAGAACAUUCAUGGUAUCAGAACUGGGCUUUUCACCCCUGAUAUGGCGUUUGAGGCUAUAGUGAAGAAGCAGAUUGUGAAGCUGAAGGAGCCAUCCAUCAAAUGUGUGGACAUGGUCAUCCAAGAGCUGAUCAACACUGUGCGCCAGUGCUCCAACAAGCUGGAAUGCUUCCCGAGGCUCCGCGAAGAAACCGAGAGGAUCGUCACCUCACACAUCCGGGACAGGGAGAGUCGUGCCAAGGACCAGGUUCUGCUGCUGAUUGAUCUGCAGCUCUCCUACAUAAACACCAAUCAUGAGGAUUUCAUUGGCUUUGCUAGUGCUCAGCAGAGGAGCAGUCAGACUAAUAAGAGCCAGAGCUCAGCAGGAAAUCAGGUCAUCCGUAAAGGCUGGCUGACCAUCAACAACAUCAGCAUCAUUAAGGGAGGAGCCAAAGAGUACUGGUUUGUGCUCACUGCCGAGAGUCUCUCCUGGUUCAAGGAUGAUGAGGAGAAGGAGAAGAAGUACAUGCUCCCCCUGGACAACCUGAAGGUCCGCGAUGUGGAGAAAAGUUUCAUGUCCAGCAAACACAUAUUCUCCAUCUUCAACACAGAAUCCAGGAACGUCUACAAGGACAAUCGCACUCUGGAGUUGGCCUGUGACUCCCAGGAUGACGUGGACAGCUGGAAGUCGUCCCUCCUCCGUGCCGGGGUCUACCCUGACAAGACCACCACGGUUGAGAGCGAGACGACCACCACCACCGACAACUUCUCCAUGGACCCUCAGCUGGAGCGCAAAGUGGAAACCAUCCGCAACCUGGUGGAUUCCUACAUGGCUAUCGUCAACAAGUGCAUCCGGGAUCUCAUCCCAAAGACCAUCAUGCAUCUGAUGAUCAACAAUGUGAAGGACUUCAUCAAUGCGGAGCUGCUGGCGUGCCUGUACUCUGCAGGUGACCAGAAUGCUCUGAUGGAUGAGUCCCAGGAGCAGGCCCAGAGGAGGGACGAGGUGCUGAGGACCCACCAGGCCCUGAAGGAGGCCCUGGCCAUCAUAGGUGACAUCUCUACAUCCACCAUCACAACCCCCAUGCCUCCGCCUGUUGACAGCUCCUGGGUAGGAGGAUCCACCGGCGGUCGCAGGUCUCCUCCUCCAAGUCCCACGGCCCCCAGAAGGAUGUCUUCGGGCCAGCGGCCGGCGCCCAGAGGGGCCCCACCACCACCAAACCGUCCAGGACCUUUGGGACCCUUCAAUAACAGUGCUGAUAGCCCCCAGGCACCCAGCCGCCCCAACAGGGCCCCCCCUAACAUCCCCAGCCGGCGACCACCACCGUCUCCUACAAGACAAGCCCCGCCAUAAUCACCCAACCGGGAUGACUUGCCCUCGUCCACUCCCCUCCUGUCUCCCACCUCUCUCUCUUAGCCAUGGCUCUGCUGUCCUCGUCUCUCCUUGGUGAAGACGCCCGCCAAAGUCUUUGACCCCUUCAACCUCAGUUUCCCGCCAGGUGAAGAAGUCCAUAUAUUUAUGUUCAGUACGGUACUCGUAUUGUG